GAUUAAUCGGAUAGAACCGUGAGGCCUUUGAGAGUGGUUGCGACAGUGAUGCAGGUAAUCUGUCUUGGUUUGGACUUCAUUGUUUGCUAACCCCGCGAGGUUAUCGCAGCAUCCACACCUCGGAACUUGCGGGAUAACGAUUUUCCGUCGCUCAUUAGACGAGCCAGUGAAUCGAGGAUGGAGAACUGGAAACUCCAGUGGAAUUCGAUCAGACCGAGGAUCCAGUUCUCAAUAGCGACAUCUCAAACAGCGAAGUAGCAAGAGUGAAGAUCUUGAAGACAUUCAUUAUUUAUCCGACAGCUCGACCUCGAUAACAUCUUAUCACGACCACUACCACUUCCCCCGAGAAAGAUGCCUGCUCCCAAUGUUCCCAAGCCUGGCCCAGCCAAGCUUAGCAAGAAUGCUGGUCUCGAGGAGUGGCUCGAGGAGGCAAAGCAAUGUCACUAUCUUCCUGAAGCUAUUAUGAAGCAACUCUGCGAGAUGGUGAAGGAGUGUCUUAUGGAGGAAUCCAACAUUCAACCAGUCUCCACGCCAGUUACGAUAUGUGGCGAUAUACACGGCCAAUUUUACGAUCUGCUGGAGCUCUUCCGCAUCGCAGGUGGCAUGCCCGGCGAGACGAACGUUCAAAAGCCUACAACGCAGACUACCAUCAUCAGCUCUGAUGACAUCGAGCCCCCAACCGAAAUUACCAACCCUAAGCUUAAGAAAAAGAUCCGCAGCUCUGACAGCGGUAUCGAGAGUGCGAGUGGCGAGGAUGACGACGAGGAGGAAGAACGAGGUCGACCUCGCACAGCUGGUGCAUCAAGCCGUGGCGGGAGCGCUGGAGGAGACUCCGCUAUCGGUGUUAAUGAGAUAUCUGGCAGUGGAAACCAGAACUUCAUCUUCCUUGGCGACUUUGUCGAUCGUGGUUAUUUCAGUCUUGAAACUUUCACGUUGUUGAUGUGCUUGAAGGCAAUGUACCCGGAUAAAAUCACACUUGUUCGAGGUAACCAUGAGUCGCGCCAAAUUACUCAAGUCUAUGGUUUCUACGAAGAAUGUCAACAGAAGUACGGCAAUGCCUCUGUUUGGAAGUCAUGCUGCCAAGUCUUCGAUUUCCUCGUCCUGGCCGCGAUUGUUGACGGCGAGGUUCUCUGUGUUCAUGGUGGCUUAAGUCCGGAAAUUCGUACAGUCGACCAGAUUCGUGUUGUAGCACGUGCACAGGAAAUUCCACACGAAGGAGCCUUCUGUGAUUUAGUUUGGAGUGACCCUGAAGAUGUUGAAACCUGGGCUGUUUCUCCACGUGGUGCUGGCUGGCUUUUCGGUGACAAAGUUGCUACAGAGUUCAAUCAUGUCAAUGGUCUGAAACUCAUUGCUCGUGCUCAUCAACUAGUAAAUGAGGGCUAUAAAUAUCACUUUUCCAACAAGUCCGUGGUAACUGUCUGGUCAGCACCCAACUACUGUUAUCGCUGUGGCAAUGUUGCUUCCAUCAUGAAUGUUGGUGAGGAUCUGAACCCUAAAUUCAGCAUCUUCUCCGCAGUUCCCGAGGAUCAGAGAGCAGUUCCAGCUGGGCGUCGUGGCGCAGGCGAAUACUUCUUGUAAUUAGGACAUGUGAUUGCGACACGAUGAAUAUGGCGUUGGGUGGAUUCUGCAUCUGGGGGCGUUACCAUGAAUGCUCAAAUACCGUGUAUAACACAGGGCACUUAUCAGGAUGGAGGUGCUUUUUUAGAUACUUGGUUUCACUGUAUAAAAUGAUGAGAAAUGAAACACAUGAACGAUGGAAUAUUGAAAGAGGUAUUUUGUGUGUACGUUUUAAUCAUGUCUAUCAAUAUUUCCCUCUGUUGGUAAUGCUGGAUCACUUUGUGGUG